CCCAAAUGUCAAUUUGUUAUAAUACAUUCAUCAAAACAAAAUCAGCCUGGAAUCAAAUCUAAGAACAUGCUAAUAUUUUCACAAAUAUUAUAAGUUCAGAAAAGGCAUUUACAUUUUGAAUAUUAUUCAAUACGUUCGAAAUGUUUGCUAAACAAAUAUCUUUAUUCAGCAAAUGGUCAUCGUUGCUUUCAGCUUUUAAAAAUAUUUCACUGAAUCCUAGUGCUCCAUCGACGGCUUUGGCUGGCGCGUCGAAAAAAUUUUCAUUAUCGGCUGUAUGUAGCCGUUUCUCUUCGACCGCGGUCGUACCUCAGCUCACCGGUAAAUCUGUAGUGCAGCAGGUUAACCAGCAAAUUGCAUCCGGCAGUGAAGGGCGCUUGUUCGCAGUGGUUCAACUUUGCGGUAAACAGUUCAAAAUCACAACUGGAGAUAUUGUAAUUGUCGAAGGAUAUUGGCCUCCAACAAAUGGAGACCGCAUUCGAUUGGACAAAGUACUUGUUGCUGGUGGGAAAGAUUUUUCCUUGAUUGGUCGACCGCUCGUUUCACCCGGUUUAGUAGAAGUUCAGGCAACGAUCAUCGAAAAGACACUAUCGCAUACGAGGACACAUUUCAAGAAGAAGCGAAGAAAGCAAUACAUGCGCAUUAAUUUUUAUCGUACUCAACAGACAAUGCUUCGGAUAAACUCAAUAGAGAUUAACCCGAAUGGUGUCGAAGAGCAUGAUGAAACAAAACAAGUUGAGAGAUUCUUUUGAAUGUCGUUAAUUUACUUUGCUUAGAAUAAUAAACGUAGAAAGAUUUAA